AGAUGUCGCAGAGAUGCCAAAACUACACCAUGUUCAGAUCAUCUACAACAUGAUUCAAAUAUUCAAAAGAUGAGCACAGUCAAGGGAAAAUAAAAAUGAAAGUGUUUAAGUGAAGUUUUGUUCAGUUUAUGUUUAUAUACACUAGUGGUCAAAAGUUUGGUUUUUUUUAAUGUUUCUGAAAGAGUCUCUUCUGCUCUCCAAGGCUACAUUUAUUUGAUCAAAAAUACAGUAAAAUUGUGAAAUAUUUUUACAAUUUAAAUCAGCUGUUUUCUAUGUGAAUAUAUAGUAAAGUAUAAUUUAUUCCUGUGAUCAAAGCUGAAUUUUCAGCAUCAUUACUCCAGUCUUCAGUGUCACAUGAUCCUUCAGAAAUCAUUCUGAUAUGAUGAUUUGCUGCUCAAGAAACAUUUCUGAUUAUUAUCAAUGUUGAAAACAGUUUCAUAUUUUUGUGGAAACCGUCAUACAUUUUAUUUUUCAGGAUUUUUUUGAUCUUUUAUCACAUUAUAAAUGUCUUUACUGCCACUUUUGAUCAAUUUAAUGCAUCCUUGCUGAAUAAAAGUAUUAAUUUCUUUAAAAUAACAGUAAAACAAAACCUACUGACCCCAAACUUUUGAACAGUACUGUAUGUUACAUUCUAGUUUAUUGUUUGGCCAUAUUCCCCAAUGGGAAAUGCAGGAUUUUUAUUGCCUUUGGUCUGUUACGUAUCCUGGAGAAAACGUCCAGCUUGGAGUUGAACCGUUCUUCUGAUUAGUUGACGUAGAUGUAUGUCACAAGUCUAUUAAUCCUUGCAAACUAUUCCUUCAAACAAAGACCUCAGUUUUCCAGGUGAUUGUGUAAAACCAAGAUUAUGAUCCUGAGCUUUGAACGACUCAGUUUCAGCUCAUUUGAGCAGCAACAUAAUCAAAGAACAGCUUCAGAUGGAAAGAACGGUUGAUUUUUGGAGAUUUUUCUGUUUGGUUUGAGAAAGAACUAGUUUUAGGCUGAAAGCAGCUAGUUCACCGACAUCUCCGCACGCGAGCUCCGUCCUUCGCUUCCCGUGUUGUUUAUCUGCAGUGGAAGCGGUGGCAGCGGCACAGGCAUGUUGCCCUCGUCCGUCCCCUCUUCCUGUAGCAGGAUGCUGGGCUGCGGCGACGUUCCUGUGCGGAGCGUUCUGGCUCUGAUGUGUUUACAUGCCGAGGAGAUUACAGGCGCUCGACGCGUCCAUCUGCUGCUUCCUGCCCUCCGCGGUUCCAGCGGCCCGAAGAACCAGAGCAGGAUGCUGUGGGUGAAAAACGCGGGACGGCUGCUGGGCUCGGGCAAAACGGCUGGACGCGUUCCUGCCAGGGACUGCAGCCUCACCGCAAUGAAUGUUGAGUCCUGGGCGGACCCUCGGGACCCGCAGCCGGACUCACCUGACCUCCCGACAGCGCAGCAGCCCGACAGGUUGUGCCUGGAGUCCUUCUGGAGUGAAGUGGAGACCAUACGGAGCAGCAGCGACUCCGAGCCGGAGAGCAGCAGACGAGAUUCCCGACAGUCCGAAGACGGCGAGCAGGAGGAGCUCUGGCUGCAGGAUGCUGGAUUGUCUCCGCUGGUAACAGGUGAAGAAGAGGACGUGGAUAAAGCGGUGCUGUUGUCGACUCUCACCAAGACUCAAGCAGCAGCGGUUCAGAGACGCAUCGACUCGUACACCUGCUCGCUGCGCAAGAGGAACAAAACCCCACCGAGACACGUCAGAGACGUCUUCGCAUCGCCCAUCACGCAGUCAGCAGAUCCUGAGACACGCAACAGCGAAUCUGACACGCACAGAAACAUGGACAGUGUGACAAAGACACAGCGAUCAGCUGUCAGUGGGCAGGAGACUCAAGGACUACAGAUGGAGGAGAUCUUUAUCACAGACGUGGCGUAUUGUGAACAAGCGGCCAUCUUACUGAAACAAGCCAAACUACCACAGAACAACAGCAGCCAGUGCAGGAGAGAUGAUGGGACACUGCCGAGGGUCAUCUGUCCACAGUGCCGGUUAGGAGUGACGAGGGUGGUGGAUCUUUCCCAGCAGGACAUGAAGAAGGUCCGUCAGUUGGCGCUGAUUGACAUGACGGCGCUGUGUGACCUUCUGGAGCUCGAGGUCAAACGACACAAAACCUGCAAAAGGAAAAUCCCUGAGAGCUGUUUGUUUGGCGUUCCUCUCGCCUCAUUGGUGGAGAGCGAUCAGAAGAUCAAACCCAGCACUCACAUCCCGCUCUUCCUCCAAGCACUUCUGUCAUUUCUGGAGAAGAAUGGUCUCGAUUCUGAGGGGAUUCUGCGGGUUCCAGGGUCUCAGGCCAGAAUUAAAGUGCUGCAGCAGAAGUUGGAGAACUCGUUUUACGGCAGUUCGUUCAACUGGGACGAGGUCAGUCCGAACGACGCCGCGGCUCUGCUCAAGAAGUUCAUCCGUGAACUCCCGGCGCCGCUGCUGACCGCCGAACACCUCAACACCUUCAGCGCUGUCAGAGAUAUAGCAGAUCUGAAGCAGAAGCUACACAUGUUGAAUCUUCUUGUGUUGCUGCUGCCAGAACCCAACAGAAACACACUGAAGGCGCUGCUGGAGUUUCUCAGUAAGGUGGUCUUCUGUGAGCGGCGCAACCGCAUGAACCUGUGGGCCGUCUCCACCAUCAUGGCUCCGAACCUCUUCCUGCAUAAGGCCGUGCCCAGUAAACUAGCGGUGGACGGUCCAGAGAAGGGUCAGGCCGAGCGGGCGGCCGACAUCAUGAGACUCCUCAUCCGCUACCAGGACCUGCUGUGGACGGUUCCUAAUUUCCUGUUGAGUCAGGUGAGGAAGCUGAACGAGAACAGCAGCCGUCGGUACCAGUUCUACGACAAACGCAUCAAGCACCUGCUCAGGAAGAUCCACACGGACAGCAGGGACAAACCUGACAAGAACUCUGGAGAGCAGUGUCGUACUGUAAAGAUCCAGCUGGGUGACGUGAGUUUCUCGAUGGAGUUUCGUCUCACCAUUAACUCUCGCGCCUCAGACCUGAUGUCACAGUUUUAUAAAGAACUGCACGCUUCUGAUAACGGCAGAGGUCUCCUGAAACGAAAUGGUUCAACAACCUACCCAGACUGUGCCAUCUAUGAAGUUGGUGGAAACAUCGGUGAACAUCGUUUGGAUCCAGAGACUCAUUUGUUUGACUUGCACAACAACAACCCCAGCGGUGAAUGGAUCAUCAAACUGAGAUCGGCCAACAGAGGGCAGUAGAGACACACCAGCAGACAAACACCCUCCUUUAGAUAGAAACCAGGAGACCUUUGACCCUUGAGGGGAACUAGAGCAUCUGUGAAUGAAUGAAAGCGCUGGUGUUUCUCAGGUAUGAUAAUGAGGUUUGAACACUGCCGUCACCUCACGAGAAGCUCUGAGAUCGUCCUCUGACGCCGGUGCCGCACCGUUAAUGAUGUCGUGAAGCUGGACUUCUGCGUUUUAUUUGGACACUUUUGUUGUUGUGUUGUCAUGGUUUGAUGCUGAACGACCGCUUGAGAUUUGAUGCAGUUAUUGCGUCCAUGUUUCGGAUUAUUUAUUAAGCUCCAGCGCACAGCUGUGUUUGUAGAUGUGAUGAAUGAAUGUGCUGUACAGAUCUGAUGCCUCUCAGUAUUAAACACAUGAAGUUCCUCGGAGCUCUUCGGACUACAGACAGCAAAGGACGCAAAGCUCUUGUUUUCUCUUUUGUCAGCUUUACAUUUUUUUGAUCUGAAUUAUUACCUUCAGCACUUCAUUUAAAUAUGUUAUUGUACUGCAUUGAAGCACCUUCCAAACUUUUUGACAUCUCUUUAUCUCUCUGUAUUUCCUUUGACUCAAACCUGAUGUUUAUAUGGAAGCUUGAAAAAAAAAGUUAAUUGUAACUUUUUAUCUGACUUUAAUUCAGAUUUCUCACAACUUUGAGUUUAUAUCUUGCAGUUGCAAAAAAGUCAGAAUUGCGAUUUAUAAACUCGCAGUUGCGAGAAAAAGUCAGAAUUCUGAAUUCUGACUUUUUUCUCGCAGCUGCGAGAAUUGCAAUUUAUAAUUGCAAUAAACAAUUUAGAUUUGUGAUUUAUAAACUAACAGUUAUGAGAAAAAGUCAGAAUUGUGAUUUAUAAAUUCGCAAUUACGAGAAAAAAAUUAGAAUUGCAAUUUAUAAACUAACCGUUAUGAGAAAAAGUCAGAAUUAUUUAUAUUAUUUAUAAACUCGCAAUUGUAAUAAAAAAGUCAAAAUUGCAAUUUAUAAAUUCAUAAUUGUGAGAAAGUCAGAAUUGCAAUUUAUAAACUCGUAAUUGUGAGAGUCAAAUUUGCGAUUUAUCAAUACGCAAUUACGAGAAAAAGUCAGAAUUGCGAUUUAUAAAUUCACAAAUUAUGAGAAAAUUCAGAAUUGUGAUUUAUAAAUUUGCAAUUACGAGAAAAAAGUCAGAAUUUCAAAUUAUAAACUCACAGUUGUGAGAAAAAGUCGAAUUUGCAAUUUAUAAAUUUGUAAUUGCGAGAAAAAGUCGAAUUUGCGAUUUAUAAACUCAUAAUUGUGAGAAUAAGUCAGAAUUGCAUUUUAUAAAUUCACAAUUACGAGAAAAAAGUCAGAAUAGCGAAUUGUAAACUUGCAGUUGCGAGAAAAAGUCGAAUUUGCGAUUUAUAAACUCGCAGUUGCGAAAAAAGUCAGAAUUGCGAUUUAUAAACUCGUAAUUGCGAGAAAAAUUGCCUUUUUCUUUAGUAUUGUGUGUUGGAAACAAGCUUCCACAUGUUUACGGCGCACACAUUCAGACAGUAUUGUGCAUUAUGCCAUUUGUCAUUGCAGCAGCUCAUAUAGUCUGUCAGUGUUAGUGAGAUCAUGCUGUGUAAUAGAGAAUAACAUCCAUCACACGCUGUCGUCCUGCGCGACAAACACAUUCACAAUUUUAUCAUCAUCUUUGAGAACAUUAUGUUUUAGAGUCGUUAUGUUCAUCUGACACACUGUCAUAAUGAAGAUGAUCUGAAACUCAAAUUAAAGCCGCAUGGCGUCUCUGCGCACUUGA